AUGACAAUCAUACGAAAAAAACACCCGCUAAUAAAAAUUAUUAAUCACGCAUUCAUUGAUUUACCAGCCCCAUCAAAUAUUUCAUCAUGAUGAAAUUUCGGAUCAUUAAUCGGUCUUUGUCUGAUUACACAAAUUUUGACAGGAUUAUUCCUAGCUAUACAUUACACAUCAGAUACUACUACAGCAUUCUCAUCAGUCACCCACAUUUGUCGAGAUGUUAAUUACGGCUGACUAAUCCGCUACCUACACGCUAACGGAGCUUCAAUAUUCUUUAUCUGCCUAUUCCUUCAUGUAGGACGAGGAGUUUAUUACGGUUCAUACACUAUAGUAGAAACUUGAAACGUAGGUAUUGUCCUACUAUUCGCAGUAAUAGCAACAGCAUUUAUAGGCUAUGUACUACCAUGAGGUCAAAUAUCAUUCUGAGGAGCUACAGUAAUCACUAACCUUUUAUCAGCUAUCCCUUAUAUAGGUACCACUCUAGUAGAAUGAAUCUGAGGGGGAUUCUCUGUAGACAAAGCCACACUAACACGCUUCUUCGCAUUCCAUUUCAUCCUACCAUUCAUUAUCGCUGCCCUAGCAAUGGUCCAUCUUCUAUUCCUACAUGAAACCGGCUCUAAUAACCCAACAGGCCUAGAUUCUGACGCAGAUAAAAUUCCAUUUCAUCCCUACUAUACUAUUAAAGACCUACUAGGAGCCUUCAUGCUAUUAAUUGCUCUCAUAACUUUAGUAUUGUUUUUCCCAGAUAUUUUAGGAGACCCUGAUAAUUAUACUCCUGCAAAUCCACUCAAUACUCCCGCACACAUUAAACCAGAAUGAUACUUCCUAUUCGCCUACGCUAUCCUACGAUCUAUCCCUAAUAAACUAGGAGGAGUCCUAGCCCUAAUCCUCUCUAUCCUAAUCCUAGCAACUCUACCAUUACUACACACAUCUAAACUUCGAACCAUAAUUUUUCGACCUAUUACACAAACUAUAUACUGACUAUUAGUAGCAGACCUAUUACUCCUAACAUGAAUCGGAGGCCAACCAGUAGAAUACCCAUUCGUUAUUAUUGGACAAAUUGCUUCUAUUAUAUACUUCUCUAUUAUCGUUAUUUUUAUACCAAUCGCCAGUAUAAUUGAAGAUAGUGUACUAAAAUUCACUUAA